CUCAUAUUGAAUAGUUGUCCAAGCAGAGCAUAAUUGACGACCGGAACGCUAACUCCCAAGUGCCAACUGCCAAGUGGCUGACUCGCCGACCGCCCUAUCUACGACGCUUGGCCGCCUCCCUCAGCUCGCCCUGCCCCUGCUUGGCUGCCGUACUGGCGGUACAGCAGUCCUCACUCGGUCACUCCUCACUUCAUCAGCCUUCUGGUGCGCCCCGCUCUGCCUACUGCGGUUCAGCGCUUCGGCUAAUCGUCCCUUCUCAGUUCUCACUUUAAGGCUUCACGCUUGAGCAGCAGGCUCGGCCCUGGACCUGUGCAUGAGGUGUGGGUGAACACGGCCCCAAUUUGAAGAGGAGCCUCAUUCUUUAACACCCUCAAUACCAAUUAGGAGGGAUACUGAGUCAUAUAUUUAUUUAUUAAGUUUUGGUUUGCGCCUCUUCGAAACACAGAAUUGCUUCCUUAAUCGAUCCGCUUAUCGCUUCAACUUCCAUAUAUCUUGGCUUCUCAUCACUAGCUCAUGGUGUGCAAGAGACUGGUCGCCUGAGAGUCUAUGAUUGUUGCAGUCUCCGCUAGACUCCGAAAGGCAAUCACUCUUUAGAUCCGAGAGAUCAUGAACCAAGACUUCACUAUUAGGUUCCACCGUUACAACAAGAAUGGUCCUCCAAUAUCUCAGGGCUGGGCCUGUGCAGCAGCUCAGAGUUUCUAACUCCGCACUCAUUGAUGGCAUCUUCCUCACCCUACAAAAGCUCAUAUGCUUUCACACCCAAACUGAUCCUCAUUCAAUUCCCAAUACUUCUUUGCCCUCUUCACACUGCAGUUCCAUCAUCCAAAGAGUUUGUUCUUUGGUAUACUGGUCUUAUAACAAUCAAGAACAUAACCACUUCAAAUCAUCACAUCAAAAACUGAGAUUGCCUAUCGAUAUCGAAAUAUUGACUCCAGAACAAUGCAUUACUGUUGUGGCUUCUCUGGCAGAUGAGGCAGGCUCCGUGGCCGCCUUGAGUUUCUUUUAUUGUGCAAUUGAAUAUCCAAAAUUCCGGACCUUUAUAAGGCUUUACAUUGUUUCAUCAAUGUGCUUGAUGAAAAAUGGAAAUUUUGAGAAAGCCCAUGAAAUCAUGCAUUGCAUGGUCAAGAAUUUUGGUGAGAUUGGGAUGUUGAAGGAAGCUGUAGAUAUGGUUUUUGAAAUGUGUAACCAAGGAUUGGUUUUUACUGCGAGGACUUUAAACUGCAUUAUUAGUGUUGCUGCUCAAGUGGGGUGUAUAGAGAUUGCUGAGAAUGUGUUUGAGGAAAUGUGUGAAAGAGGCCUUUGUCCAGAUUCUUUUUGUUUUAAGUCGAUGGUAGUUGCUUACUGUAAAUUAGGGAGAGCCGCAGAUGCAGAUAGAUGGAUGAUUGCAUUGCUGGAUAGGGGUUUUAUCGUGGACAAUGCAACCUGUACAUUAAUUGUGAGCGUGCUUUGCCAAAAGGGAUUUGUGAAUAGGGCGUUUUGGAUCUUCAAUAGGUUAACUGUACUGGGCUUGAUUCCAAACUUGAUAAAUUUUACUUGUUUGAUAAAUGGGCUUUCUAAGAGAGGCAGUGUUAGACAAGCAUUUGAGUUGUUAGAGGAAAUGGUUGCAAAAGGUUGGAAACCCAAUGUGUUUACCCAUACAUCAUUAAUUCAUGGCCUGUGUAAGAAGGGCUGGACCGAAAAGGCAUUUAGGCUUUUCUUGAAACUAGUGAGGAGUGAGGCUUACAAGCCAAACGUGCAUACAUAUACUGUGAUGAUCACUGGAUAUUGCAAGGAGGAAAAAUUGAAUCGCGCAGAGAUGCUUCUUACUAGGAUGCAGGAGCAAGGGUUGGCCCCAAAUGCUCUAACUUUUACUUCACUCAUUGAUGGGUAUUGCAAAGUAGGCAAGUUCAGUCGUGCUUAUGAGUUGAUGGAAGUAAUGAAGAGUGAUGGAUUGUCACUUGGUAUUACUACAUACAAUUCUGUCAUUAAUGGACUCAUGAAGAAGGGAGAAGUUCAAGAAGCAUAUAAAUUGCUGAAGAAAGCAUUCAGAGCUGGACUCUCUGCAGACUUAGUGACAUAUACCAUUCUCAUAUCAGACAGUUGUAAAGGCACUGACAGUAGGCUAGCCUUUGCAUUUUGGUGUAAGAUGGUCAAACGUGGUAUCAGCCCUGACAUGCAUACAUACACCACAUUAAUUGCAGCCCAAUGCAGGCAAAAGAGGAUGAAAGAAAGUGAAAAACUUUUUGAUGAUGCAGUUAGAUUAGGUUUGGUUCCAACCAAGGAAACCUUCACAUCAUUGAUAUCCGGAUACUGUGGAGACGGAAAAAUCAGUUCAGCUAUUAAGUUAUUCGAUAUCAUGGGAGGAUAUGGUUGUGCACCUGAUUGCGUUACUUAUGGUGCUCUGAUUAGUGGUCUAUGCAAGGAGUCAAUGUUGUUUGAGGCCAGAAACCAGUAUGAUUCAAUGAUGGAUAAAGGAAUUACCCCAUGUGAAGUCACACGGUUAACAAUAGUGUAUGAGUUUUGCAAGAAGGAAGACCCUUCCACUGCAAUGAUCCUCUUAGAUGGAUUAGAAAAAAAAUUAUGGACUCGUACGAUCAAUACAUUGAUCCGAAAGUUGUGCAGUGAAAAGAAAGCUGACAUGGCUUCAUUGUUUUUCCACAAAUUGUUAAAUAUAUGCCAAACUGUCGAUCAAAUAACUCUUAAAGCCUUCAUGACUGCAUGUUAUGAUGGCCACAAGUACGAACUUCUCUCCAAUGUAAACAAAAGGAUUACAAAAGAUCAUCUUUGCUCUUCUGUUGUACAGUUUGAGGAGUCAAAAUGCUAGAACCUGAAAAAGUUUCAAGCUGUAUGCUGCUUUUAUAUAUAUUCUCUUAUUUGUGUAUGGAGUGGGGAUGUUAUAAUAAAGCU